AUGGCGCUCCCCACCUUCUCGUUCAUGGCGGGGCUCGCCCUGCUGGCCUACCUGUUGUCUUUCGUCCUCUUCGCAUUCAUUCGAGUCGUCACAGGCGUUUCUAUACAGCGCCUGGGCUUCUCUGGUCUGCGCCGCAUUGCCUUCACGCCCAAGGACGGCCUACGGAUUGAGAUCCGCGGCCUCGGCCUCACACUCCACCGCCCUACAUUCGCCCAGCCAACGUGGGUCAGCGUGGUGUUGACGGAAUUGAAGAUCACUGUAGACCUCAAAGCUCUGAGGGAGAAACCGCGCAAGAAGACGGCUUGGGGACAAUGGACAAAUGGCUCUGCGGACAAGCUCGUCGGUCGCAAGAGCUCCCCGGAGUCGUCAGCUGAGGAGGAUGUAGCAGAGGACACAGGCGACGACGACAACCAGAGAAGCAGGACAUGGGAUAGGCUCACCAAGGCGAAAGAGAGGAUUAAGCGCUUGCACCGCAAGAUAAAUUGGAUAAAACUGGUGGAUCUGGUGGCUUCCACUUCGACACUUGUCAUCGCCGACGUGGGCUCUUUGCAGGUCGGCAGCUUCACUGUGGCAGUAGACACCCGCCGAAAAACAGUGGAUCGGACACGACUAUUCAACCACCGGAAAAAGCAAAAUGCGAACAAGCAACAGCGGCCGGCAGAAUGGAUCUUCACGUCUCGGAGUAUUCUGUUCACGCCGGAAGGGAAGGAUUCGACUGAGGUUCUGGACCACUGCACUCUCAAUAUCCACGGGAUGCUGUAUAAGGAGCUCGAUGGUCUCCGCGAUGCUUCCAUCGCCCUGAAGCUUGGACGAUUAAGCAUUCCGUACGACGAUGCUAAACUUUGCAUGGACCGCGCCAAGAAGUGCCGUGUAGCUGCGUCGAGGAAAGGAGGCAGUCUCAGCGAAUCCGAAAUCUCCUUUACAGACGUCAUCGAAGAGCUAGAUCAGCCUGGUAGUCGCGAAGAGAACAUUGUCCGCACGGUAUCCGAUUCGAAAGAAUUUGCCAGCUCCAUCCUUCGUGGUAUCCACGAAUUCCAAUUCGCUGUGAGCUUCUUUGGCUUGACUAAGCAGAUCGAGACCGGCCAACCGUCUGAUCCUCCUGUCUUCAUGAACAUGUCCAUGAAGGAGGUGGGAAUGGACCUUCUGCGACUGGACCCUCGAAGCCCUGCCCAUCUCAUGUACUUCUCGCCCAACGACAUAGCCCACCAAGCUCUUCUUGCGGCUAUCUCUGUCUCAGUCGGCAUUGAUGACGGCCACGAUCAUCCAGAACGACUUUUAUACAUUCCCAUGGCAACUAUGACUUUAAAUACUACGCUCCCUUCAAAAACCAUUCAGUUUUCCAAAGAGAAGAAUGUCGCAGAAAGGAACACUAAUAUUCUCUUCGCUAAUCUUGUAAUUACUUCUCCAUCGCUCGAUCUUGAUCCUAAGCAUUUACCUCUAGUAAUUGCGCUGUUCCGAAACUACGAAUCACGUCGCAAGCCUCCCAAAAUGCGGCAACAGAAGCGUUAUUUACUUCGGCGAUUGUUACCCAAAGCCAGCAUCAAGAUUUCGAUUCACGAACCCGUCAUUCGUGUCACGCUGCCACCAAUGGAACCUGAAAAGAAAGAUACAGACGAAUUUGACCUACUCAUCUCAGCCUCAUCGUCCGUAUCUCUCGACGUGGAAUCCUCCCACUCGGCGGAUGGCGAUCUUCAUUAUGCACUUCUCUCUACUUUCCGAAUGAACUCACAACAACUAUAUUACCAAACAGCUUCUAGCGAGAAGUAUAAUCUCCUUUUAACCGACCACCUUGAGUUUAAGCUGCAACUGAGCGCGUCACCUGAUGUGGUUGUGGUGGUGAAUGGCAUUGCGCAGACCUUCUCUGUCUACCUUGUACGCCCUGAAAUUAGCGAGGGUCUCCGUCAGAUUGUUUCACAACUCCAAAAAGACGUGCGGAAGAGGCGCCCGCGAAGCCAAGGGUUGAACUUUUUACGGAAGCUCCCAGCUUGGCUCGUCAAUGUCCAGCUCCAGGGAUCUGACUUUAACAUUGAGGUCGCUGGUACCGACCCUGAAGUUUCCAAAUAUGCUCGCGGUCUUGGCUUGCAUCUUGAAUCGUGGACUGCCGAAUAUCGCCAGAACAAGGGCGAUGAGACUGACUCAAAGCCUUCUCGAAGACGGGCUCCUAGCAGAACAAUCAAUCGGGAGGAGUACCUGCUUCGCCCUUCAACCCCAUCUUCGCCAAGGAAGCAAUUUGGUGAUGGUACCGAUGGCAGGCGUCUUGCCCUCCAUUGGCAAGGACUUGAGGGUUUUGUUCUCGAAGCCGCUGAUCAAUGGGAGCAAGAACCCUUCCUUUCCCUCCCGCGAAUGGAGGUGGCCUUUACGACAUCGACAGACAAGCAGGGCCCGAUAUUCCAUAUACAUUCCUUCAUUCAAAGCUUGUUCUUACAUUAUUCCCUUUAUCGCCAUUUCGCUAUUGGCGUGGCCACCAUGGUCUUGAAGCAGUCCGUCAAUUGGAAGCCUGAAGAGCAGAGAGAAGCAGCACCUGCACCACCUAGAACUGCCCGUCACCUCACAAUUCCCUCUGUUGACGGUGACAACAUCGACCCAACAACGGGGUCAAGGCGUGAGGUUGUUACCAUUGACGUCAAGGCCCAUUUCGUCCAGAUCAAAGCGGAAAUGCCCUCUGAUCCACCUCUUAUGCUUCAUAUCCAUGGAUUAGAAGCAGGACGUCAUCGAUGGACAAACCCAUUCCUAAGGUCGCGACUUCUUCGUCUCUAUGCCGAGAAUCCACAUCUCAAACGCGUAUGGAGUCGUGUAGUCAGCAUAAAAUCACUUCGCACGGAUUACAGGCAUUCUCGAAGACGCUAUGGCAACACCGUCACUGACGACAAGUCAUUUGAUAUAGUGACGGACGCUAUUCGCCUCGCGGUCCCGUAUCAGUUGGUAGUGCAUAAAAUUUUUGACAACAUUACAAAUGUCGUCAAGACAGUCAAGCAAUUACAUCAUCGUUUUCAAACUGGUAGGAAUGAAUACAUCUUAGACAGAGAACCGGAAGGACCUAGGCAGAUUCCCAAGAUAUCGCUACGAAGCCGCGCCCUUCUCUUCGAAAUCGAGGAUGGAUCUUUUGAGUGGAAAUUGGGAAUCAUUUACCGGUAUGGACUUAUGGAGCAGAAACAGAGGCUAGCACGAGAGCAUGCUUUCGACUUGAAGGUUAGGAAGCUCCGUGAAGAAGACGAUCGUCGAGGUACUUCGCGGCAUCGAGCUAAAUCGGCACACACUCGCCGUGGGCGAAGCAAGUCUAAAAAGGAGAAAGACUUAAGAUGGCGUAGCAAGAGCGAAGACCCUAGUGAUCGAGAAUCACCCAGUCAUCGCAAGCAUGAUCACCCCAUGCGGUAUGAUAAGGAGGGCUACACUGGGUUGAGCGCAACUUCCCGCACAUCGAUCGAGGAAGCCCUAGAAAAGUUAAAUAGGCUGAAUGCACAGACUUGGAAGAAACGGAUCGAUCACGCCUUAAACUGCCAAACCCGCACCAUGGACGACAUCCGAUCAAUCUUCUGGGGCCUUGAUGAGCUACCCGAUGAGGUAGACCACAAGGAAAAUAUCCUUGCUAUUCCGCAGCGUCCUGCUCUCACCGUGUUAGUGAUCAGUGAUCUGGAGAUUUUGCUCGACAAGCCCUCGUUCCCUCUAUCGGAAUAUCCGAAGUUCCUCAACCGGGUCGGAAAAGGCAUGCCAUUUGACAUGCAAUAUGCACUCCUUAUCCCAAUGCAUGUUCAAAUCAGUAUGGGCGAGGCUAAGAUCCAGCUACGAGACUACCCACUUCCAUUAAUUCACGUCCCGUCGAUACGGUCAACACAAUCGGCAAAAUUACCGAGCCUCUCAAUGAAGACAGACUUCAUCAUUGCCGAGGAGUACCGGAGCGUUGAAUCCUCACGAGUCAGCAGAGUGGUCGUUGUCCCUCAAGAGAAAACCGCGGGCGGUGAAUUUACCGGUGGUUUCGCAGUAGACGUCCGCAGGACUGUCGCGCCAGUGAAGACAUAUUCAGAUAUGACUAUUGACAUCAAUUCAGCAUACCCGACACGGAUCACUUGGGGUACAUCGUACCAACCAGCAAUCCAGGACAUGAUGCAGGUUAUCGAGAGCUUCACUAAGCCUGCAAUAGACCCAUCUGAAAGGGUUGGCUUCUGGGACAAGAUCAGACUCACAUUCCAUUCUCGCUUCAAUGUAUCCUGGAAGGGCGACGGCGAUGUUCAUCUCAUACUGAAAGGCUCUCGUGAUCCGUAUAUGGUCACCGGCCACGGUGCUGGCUUCGUCAUGUGUUGGCAGAACGAUGUCCACUUAAGCAUAGCGCAAGACGAAGAUCCACGCAACUUCAUGGUGGUUGAUAGCGGAAGCUACGUGUUGGCCAUUCCAGAUCUCGGCCAUUACGCACGACAGGAGGCAGAGCUCGAAUCCCAUGGUCACAGCGAGGGUUCCUCAAGCAUCUCAAGCUACAAACAACUGGCCAUUUUUAAGAAAACGAUCAUGAAGUUGAACGGAAAUGUGAGAUGGGUGUCAGGCCUCGUCUUUGAGCGGAACCUUGACAAUGGGGGAAGAUCGUUCACCUUCAUACCUCAUUAUGAGGUUGUUCUCAAGCACCCCAAAUACGCCAAGUCAACAGACGGAAAGCCGUACGAUGCUUUCCAUAGCUUUCGUAGCCACCAUAUUCAUAUGUCGCUCGCAAUUGCCGCUCCUCAUGACCGCGAGUGGUCCGUCUCCAAUCUUGAGCCUUCAAAGACAUACAACAGUGUCCAUCUCACUCCUCGCUUCUUUACCCACUUCUUUAGCUGGUGGUCUAUGUUUUCUGGCGCAAUGUCUCUCCCCAUUCGGCAAGGCAAACUUUGGCCAGGCGUUGAAAAGUCUAGUAAGAAGUUCGGUCGCCACCUCGCUACCAUCAAGUACAACCUGCUCCUUUCCCCACUUUACAUGAGCCAUGUCUAUAAACACAAAGAUGCGGAAGACUACGGACAGGGUAUAGUGUCUGCUACCGGAUUGAAGGCAAGGCUCGACAGCUUCAUGCUUGAUCUUCAUCAGCGACGAGAGGAGUUCAGGACUAUUGUUCAGGCACCCAAGAGUCAAGAAGAUGACAAGCAGAAUCAGACCACGGGCAUGCGCAUCAACCAAGUGCAACUAGACCUCAUAAAAACGGACGUCCGAGCGGUAUCGGCAAGUAUUGGAGGCACAAACCCCGAUGAUGUGAACGACGCCUCAGCAGAGACAGUUGCAGGGUAUACCCUGGACCACGUAACCGCGGAUCUAUCGAAGUUCACCAUUCCAGAUAACGACCUGGGAUGGAUAGACAUGGAUGACUUCGUCGAGCUGGGGUGGAUCCUGCCCUCAGAUCGCAACCCAGACACCAAAAUUCUCCCGCUCGCAUUUGCUCCCCGUUUCACAUAUUUCCGGCAGACUGAUCACCAAGACAAUAUUUCUGGAGAUACUCAUCGUACCAGCCCCUUUGGGAACGAGCCUACACAUCACUGCGUCAUGUCUGCUCGAAACGAUCCGCGGAGGGUACAAUGCCAUCUCAUCGAUCAACGUCUUGAGCGGGUCAAGGAGCAGAUAUCACAAAACCAACGUGCGAUUGGUGAACAAGAGUUGAUCAUCAUACGGGACAGUGAACAUCAGGAUGAAAAUCGACGCCGCCUAGAUUUACUCCGCAACCACGCAGGUGUCCUUCAAAGAAAGCAAGAUUUCCUGCUAUCUAUGCACCAGAGUUUAGUUGACCGGUUAGAUGCAAAUGACCUUCGCGCUGUGCCUGAUGGGGAGAAGGAUGAAGAUGACGAGUACUAUGAAGCCCGCGAGGAAUACGACCCUUCAGAUUCUGAUACCAAGGGCAUGGAUUCAGCGCCGAUUGCUGACUAUAUUAGUGAUUUCAAUAACCGCUUUAUCAUCCACAAUGUUCACCUCAAAUGGAGCAACUCGUUGCGAAACAUUAUUCUUCGCUACAUUCAUCAAGUCAGCCAGCGCCGUGGUUUCGUCUAUUACAUGUCCCGAAGAGCAGUUAAAUUCAUCUUAGACAUCGUUGAAGAGCAGAAUAGAUCAAGACAACCUUCCACCUCCGGACCGAGCGAGAUACCUUCUAUGCAAACCCCGCUGUCGCCACAACAAGACGACGAGUUGAGCAUACACUCUCGCGUCCAGCAGCUCCUCGACGAUGGGAAGAAGUUCGUGAACGCCGAUGACCCAGUCAAUGCAGAAAGUGCCAAGACGGCACAGAACCGGAUGGGAGAUGAUAUUGCAAUGGACUAUGUUGCCCAGAAUGCCUAUAUCGUGCGGCUCAUUGCCCCUCAGAUUCAGCUUCAGAGUGAGAAGAACACCAAAGCUGCUGUCCUUGUCACCGCCAAAGGUAUGCAAUUGAAGGUCAUCCAGAUCAUGGACAAGGAUAGAGUCAUGGAUGAAGUCAGCGGUUUAAUUCAACGCCGUUUCUCCGCUUCUAUGAAUAGUUUGCAAAUAUUUGUCACCAAUUCCAGGACUUUUAGUGUAGAGGACAUUCACAUGUACUCUGGCAGUACAUACGGAACACCUGCCGGCUCCGCAUGGCCCCCUUGGGUCCCUUUCGAGGUCAUGUUCGAGUUUCAUACCACUCCGUAUGGUUUCCAGAGAGUCGUGCAAAGGACUUCCGCGAGUAUGCGGUACGACAAAUACAAUACGCUUCGUCUGAAGUACAACGACGAUGUCUCUGGCGGUGACUCUGGAUCAGCUAAGAGCCCCGAGAAUCUGGAUAGCAGGAUUGACCAUUUGUGGGUUGACUUCCCUCACAUCAGAGCGCUGUGCAACUCGAGGCAAUACUAUGCCAUGUACGUCAUUGUUCUCGACUUGCUUCUAUACAGUGAACCAUUAGAGAAGACCCGAAGCGAACGACUAGAGAAGAUCAUGCUGGCUUCCGACUUCAGUGAUCUCACCGGUGCUCCAGACUUGGUUAUCGGCCUGCAAGAGCGCAUCCGACAGCUCGAGGAGAUCAAGACGCUGUUCCAGAUCAAUGAGAAGUACCUUGAUAAGCAAGGCUGGAGUGACCGCAUCGAAGUCGAAAAAGACCUCACAGUAUUCGAAGACGAACUGUUCUUUGUCAUGAAAGCCAUCACUACCUCUCAAAGGAAAGUGGACGACCGCGCUCAGACGAAGCAAUCGAAUGGCCUGCUCCGAUGGUACAUUUCAGCAUCAGAAAUCGUGUGGCAUCUUUUGAGGGAGGGUCAGGAAUCACUCGCUGAGUUUCAGUUAAAGAAAGCGCUAUACGACCGCACUGACAACAAUGAUGGUUCGAAUCUCAACUCAAUGGAGAUUGAGCAGAUUAGCGGACUCAACCUUCUACCAAACGCACUGUACCCUGCGAUGAUCACACCUUACAUUGACAACAACCGCCCCUUCACCGAAGGCCGAGACACGAAGAUGCUUAGGGUUCACUGGGUUAUGCUAGAAGCCAUUGCCGGCAUUCCAGUCAUGGAUCACUUCGAGGUUAACCUCUUCCCACUAAAGGUGCAAUUGGAGUACGAAAUUGGAAAGAAAUUAUUUGAGUACAUAUUCCCUGGCAUCAAAGACAGCUCUGCGGAGAAUGGCGGCUUCUCUCCAUUCUUAGUGAAGCACAUGCUUCCUGCUCAGGAUGACGGUAGCGAUGGAGAGCAAGGCAACCCGCCGUCUUCGGACUCUCAGAGCCUGCACUCAUCAAUGGCCGAACACGACGCCGAAUCGGAGUCCCUUAAACUGCGCUUGACGCCAACUCUGCAGCUCCCAGACCCACAAACCAAGUCCGCCAAUAAAGCAAAAGCCGUGGCUGAAAAACGUCCUCAUACGCAUCAUCUCCGCAUCUUCCGUGAGCUUCAAUCUCGGUCCGGCGCAGAUUUCCGCAAGACCCUCCAUCCAGGACACGCGGGCUCCGAAACUAUGUCCCUUAAUGCAUCUCGACCGGGCAGCAUCCGCACCAGCUCCAACAUGUCCAUCGUUACAACCGAAUCCGACAAAACCUCCAAGCGAUCUUUCCUCUACCGAUCUGGUAGUGGAGAGAAGAGAAAGCAAGCUCGCUCAGAUGAUCUGACCCAAAUGAUGACGCGCGCCUCGAACUACAUGACUCUCGCAUACGUCAAGAUCCCCUCCAUGGUGCUCUGCCUCUCCUACAAAGGUAAAGGGCAGCGCAAUUUCGAAGACGUGCACGAUCUCGUAUUCCGCAUGCCCACUCUUGAGUAUAGGAAUAAAACGUGGUCGAAUCUGGAUCUCGCUCUGCAAUUGAAGAAAGAUGUUAUAAGGGCGCUGAUAUCGCACACGGGUGCUAUUAUUGGGAAUAAAUUCUCGCAUCAUAGACCGAGCAGGCAUCAGCAAUCCCGUCUAAGGCAGAUUGCGAAUAGUUCGGCGAUGCUGGGUACGAAUCCAAAUACGAGUCCUGAUUUAUCCGGGACGAGCGAUUCGAAUAGUAUUCGUGAUCAUAGCCCUACUGGGGAAGGGAGUGAUGCGUCCGGGGAACACCAGCCGCGGAAGAGCUUUACGAGCGGGAGGGGCAGCGUGUUUUCGACUGUUAGUGAGAGCGAGGAGUAUGAGAGUAGUAUGAGGAGCGGGAGAAGCGGGCCGAGUGAGAUUAUGGGGAGUACAGGGAGUAUGUUGAAGGGAUGGAGGGAUGAGGAAGGGGCGGUGGAGGAUGGGAGGGGGUUUGCAGAUGAGAUUAGUAGGGUCGAUCAGACUGAGCCUGAUCAUGCAACCAUGCGAUCGAGUUUUAGUCGCCACCUGACGCAAAUCACGCAAUUGGGCCCAAGGAGUAUCAAGGAUAGUGCGAGUUUGUUAGGCGAUGAUUCUGAGGAUACGUAA